AUGGGAAGCAAAGAGUCGCAUGAAAAGGAGAGAAUUACUAUUGAAAAAAGUACCCGUAACUUCAACCAGCACACUCAUUUCCGACCUAUUGGUGAUACAGACAUUUCAACUGCAAGACCUGUUUAUGUAAGAAAAAAAGAUUCGAUUAAAAUAAUCUGGUUGGAUUCACGCAGUGUUCCUCGAGAUGAUAUUAUUGACACCCAACUUACGAGACAAGCUCUCGGUAACGCCGUAAAAAACGCGGUGUUAACGUGUUACUCCGAUCGAACAUCUUGCAUUAAAUAUCUACGCCAACAAGAAAAUACGGCUGGAAUUCUAUUUCUUGUCGUUUCUGGAAAUAAUGCUUUGGAUUUAUUUCAUCAUUUGAAUGACGAUCUCUAUCGAUGUAUCGAUUCAAUUUUCAUCUUCUGUUUGUCAAAGAACGUUCACGAAGCGCAAUUACUCUAUCAGAAAAAAGUGGCUGGCGUCUACACAGAACACAAGGAACUCCUACAAUCCAUUCAAGAGCAAGCAGUUCAAAUAAACCAACAAGAUCUUAUCAUGAAGUAUUAUUCGGAAACACAGAAGACUGCUCGUAUUAUCCCUAGUCAUGCUAAAGGUGAAUUUGUAUGGAUUCGUGCGUUGAAAGAGGCCUGUUUACAAGUGGAAAAAACCGAUAGAAUCAUGAAAAAGAUGUAUGAUCGCUUUCGUCUUCUCUAUCGACAUGAUGCAAAUGAAUUAAAAAAGAUCAAAGAUUUUGAAGACACAUAUUGUCCAGACAAUGCAAUUACAUGGUAUACUAAAGAUUCUUUCCUUUACCGUAUCAUUAAUCAAGGCCUGCGAACACAAAACACGGAUGAACUUCUAAUGUUUUCGCCAUACAUCGCAGAUCUAUGUCGUGCUUUACGGGUGUUAAAGGCAAAAACGGACAGAACACUGAUAUUCUUUCGAGGAUGCAUCUUACCUAAAGCAGCAGUAGAUGAAUUUCAAGACAAUAUAGAAUCAUUGCUGUCAAUCAAUUCAUUUUUUUCUGCUACUCGCCAGCGAGACGUGGCGAAGGUGUUCGCAAGUUCUGACGAUGCGAAUGAAAGUUCAUCAUUGAUCUCAGUUUUAUUCGAGAUCGAAGUUCAAGAGAACACACAAUCAUUUUUCGCCGAUAUCUCUGCAUUCAGUUUAAUCAAAGAUGAACAAGAAGUUCUUUUCGAUUUGAACUCAGUUUUCACGAUACACGAUGUCACCUAUUGUGAUACCGAUAAAUGUUGGAUUAUUCAUUUGAUUGCCGACGAAGAAACGUAUGUUAAAUACGACCAUAUUUACACGGAACUAUGUGAAGAAUUCCAUUUUAAUGCAUCUCCGAUAUUAACUGUUGGAGUGUGUUUAAUUUCGAUAGGUGAUACACGAGAGGCCUACCGUUAUGCCAAUUCUCUUCCUCUGUCAUACAACUCGAUGUCUGCAUUCACUUUGCUGUUUGUCAUGACACGCAUUAUUGAGUGUGAUUAUGCCAGAGCAAUCAAAGUUUUGGAGAAUAUAUGUACAGCAUGUCAAAAUAGGAAGUUUUAUGAGGCAAAUGAAGGCUGGACGAAUGCAGCGUGUUGGAUUGCAGAUAUUUUAAUUAGUCUUGGAGAGUAUAACUUAGCGAAAGAAUACAUUGACUCAAUUGUUAAAUAUUACCGAACAAUCAAAAGAGCAGUACGUUCAUAUGAAGAGCCAAUGUCUCUCGAGUUCUUAGAAAGUCUUGGAAGAGCCCUACAAGAUAAAGAUGAUAUAAACGUAUGCUAUUUAGUUUUCAAAGCCUUUAGUCCAGAGGAAAUUUCGAAAAUACGACGAGCAGUCAUUCUUCCAGGUUUACUAACGCGUCUAGCUCGCUCAUACGUUAAUGCAGAUGAAUUACAGAAAGCAGUUAGCUAUUUGCAACAAGCUGAAGUCGAAGGCGAACUAUUGCUUUCAGAGCGUUCAAUCGUGAGACUAGAAAUCUACAUUAUUUAUGCAUGUAUCAAUCUGCGCGUCGAAAAGUUCGAUCAAUGUUCAUUGUACUUGAAUCAAGCCGAAAGAAUUGCUCGUAUGAAUCUAUCUCGAUCUGCUCCAAGUUCUUUAGGUUGUGUAUUCCUUAUACGUGAACUACUAUUGAUUUUACAGGAAGAUACAUCAACGCCAUCUUUUUUACCAUCGGCUCGUAUUGCUUUCUUAAGAACACAAAACUAUAUCGAUGUUCCCAAAGUGAUGUUUGUUCUAGGAAACUUAUGCAAAAUUCAUCGUAAUUAUCGAAAGAAGUUACAUCCAUCCGUGUAUGGAAAAUUGGAACAAUUAGUUAAAGAAGCAUUUGAAAUUUGUCGAUUUGAAAUGAUUUUAGAAGGCAAAAGUCCCGAGAAUAUAUAUCGUCGAAUACAAAAUUAUGUCAAACAACUAGAUAAUCAGCAGAAUAAUUCAAUUUCAGCGAACAUACAAACAAUGCAAAUUAAAUCCUAG